AUGGGUUCGAAGGUUGUUGCAUCCAUUGCACUUUUUAUGUCCCUUGGCCUUCUUUUCUUCUCCAUGGUUAGUUAUUCGCAAGAGGUUGGUAUUUGCGUCGUCCUCUUGGUUGACGUCGACGAGGGGAUUGGGAACGACCUUCAGUUUGGGAGCAACGAGGUUAAGAAUGUGUCUCCUCCAUCAACAAAGCCUUGCUGCUCCCAAGUCGCGGCGGGACUUUCUGAUCGUGACGCCGCACAGGCCGUUUGCGACGGAAUCAAGGCCAAUGACUUUGCAGCCGACGUCAACGAUAAUGCUUUUAAACAAUAUUUCAAGGAAUGUGGACGCACCGUGCCCCCUGGCUUCCAUUGCUAUUAA